UCAGUGUUUGCUGGCUAUCGUAAAGCCGACAAUUUACCGGUAGCCAUCAAACACAUCUCGAUGGACAAAGUGUUCUAUCAGCAGAGAGACCAGAAUGGGAAGUUGAUACCCGUUGAGGUGGCUGUGAUGAAGAAAGUCGGUCGUGAGUCGGUUGAUUCGGAGGGCAAGUCGGCACCAGUGUCCCUACUGGACUGGUACAACCUUCACCAGGAAGUAAUCCUGGUGCAGGAGAGACCAGUCCCGUCCCACGACCUCUUCUGUCACAUUGAUGCCAGUGGAGGUUGUCUGAACGAGGAGGAAGCCAAGAUUAUAAUGAAGCAGCUGGUGGAUGCAGCAAUACACCUUGAGAAAAAUGGUGUUUUCCAUCGGGACAUCAAGUCGGAAAACAUCCUGAUUGAGACGGGCUCGGAGGUUCCACGAGUUCGUCUCAUCGACUUCGGUCUGAGCUGCUUCUCUGAGAGACGCUCAUCUUACAGCGUCUUCUGUGGCACUCGUGAUCACUCCCCCCCAGAGUGGCUCUGGUUUGGCGGAUACACUGCCGGCCCGACGACAGUGUGGCAGCUGGGAGUGGUCCUGUUUGAAAUGGUCCACCGUUCCUCACAGUUUCGGACCAUCGACUUCCUCAUGGACAGAAUCCACAUCCGCAGCACACUCUCAGAAAACUGCAGAGAUUUCUUAGAGGCGUGUUUGGCAGGAUUACCAGAGGAACGUCCAACUCUGGAGAAACUGAAGAGUCACUCGUGGCUCAGGACGUGA